CGACAGGGAACCAGUUUAUUAGCGACUUUAUUAGUGACGUUUACAACAAACAAUGAUGACGUUACCAGAUUAAAUAAACAGACAAAUAUGUUUGUAAAGUUUUUAUCAAUUCCACUUUUAUCAUUUGGAUUUUUGGAAAUUUUAGCAUUCAGCUCUUCCAAUAUGGCAUCUUCAGCUUACGGAGAAAGAGGCAAAGGUGGGGUGGUUAGAUGUUGUGAGGAAUUUGUCGACAUGCCCACAGGCAUACCAACUGCAACACCAAUGGGAGCGGAUUUAUCAGAUAUCCAAAAGCGUUCCGUGGAUAGUAGAAAACCGAUCAGGCCAGUAAAGACAUUUCAUGAAUUAGUGGACUCCAAUCCUUGUGGACAUAAUCCCUGUCACAACAGUGGACUUUGUGAGUGGACCCCCAGGAGUAGCCCGCCCUUCAUCUGCCACUGCCCCGUGGGUUUCACCGGAGUUAAGUGCGAAAAAGACUUGCAUGGUGUUAAAGCUGAGGGUGGUGAAACCCGUCCAAAGAAUGGAAAUAUGUCGUUUAACGAUGUUAUCAACCUGAUUGACAAUAAAACAGCUACCCAGAUGCUGGCGGUGUUUGGUGGAACAGUACUCGGCAUUAUCCUGAUUAUCACAGUCCACUGCUGCAGGGUCAUACGUAGAAAGCAAAAGGAGGAUUCAGAUUACCUGAGGCGGUUACAGUCGCACGACGUCCCUGAUACUCUUCCUCCUGGCUGCUGUGAGCUAAGUAACGUUGUGUUCUUUGAGACAUUGUGUUGUCUGGGUAUCAUCAAAGAGAACAUAAAGAAGGAGGUGGCCGAAGUUAACGUUGACCAGUUGGUGUCUGAUUUGAAGCUUGCCAGAAGUUUAUCUAAGAGUAAUUCAAAAUCCAGGGAUAGAUUAAUCCCCGACGAAAAAGGAAGCAAACAAUCUUUAAGGUCCAAUCGUAGCAAAAUACCCUCUGACCACAGAAUUAACCAGCAAAAGAGGCCCAAAUCAGAAAGUAAGACAUGCAAUUUUGCUAGGGAAAGUCAUGAUUCUUAUGUCAUCAAUGUUGAAGGUAACGAGACGGACACAUCCAGCACUAAAUUGAACAUUGAAUAUCCAGAGUUGCGUAGGAAUUCUUCUAGAUCGUUAUCCAGGUCAACAGAGGGUGUUGAUCAGACUGUGAAAGGAAUGAAGUGUAGUUGUGGUAAAUAUACUACAAUGGAAACGUCAAAAACCAGAACAGAUAGUGAAAGACCCUAUGUAGCUACGUCUGAUCAAAUAAUCCACGCGGAGGAUAUUCUUGCCGAGAAAAACAUUAGAGUCCUGUCACAUCCCAAUUCAUUAGUUGGAGUCCAGCAUAUGUCGAAUCAACAUGGCAGACCAAUCUCAAAACUUAAAAGUGAAAGUUUUCGCAGUUUGAGUUCUAGAACACAACACGAGGACGCUAUCCAAACAAAAGGAUCACGACAACAUACAUCACAACCUACACCAGAUAUAGCAACCACGGACAAACGAGAGUACUGCAGAGUGUGUCAACGAAAUCCAAGUUAUCAAUCAAUCCUUAAAACUCAACAGAGGCAGUAUGUUCCUGACAUUUCGUCAGGAAGAGGGAAAAGAAUUUCAGCUCAAACACAGACUACUCCAACUCUCCUUUCUGUAGUAGAACGACCAAUAUCACCGCCACCCCCGGCACCCACAUCAGAACCACCACUCUCAUCACAUUCUGGAUUUGCACGUGUAGAUAAGACCCAAAAUUUCCCAUCUUGUACAUGGUAUGCAAAUCCUCUGUCAGCUCAAACACAGACUACUCCAACUCUCCUUUCUGUAGUAGAACGACCAAUAUCACCGCCACCCCCGGCACCCACAUCAGAACCACCACUCUCAUCACAUUCUGGAUUUACUCGUGUAGACAAAACCCAAAAUUUUCCUUCUUGUGCAUUGAGUACAGGUCAUUUUCUGGGCUUUGAUAAGUCAGCACAAACACAGACAACUCCAUCUCUACGUUCUGUGCUAGAACGACCAAUACCACCACCACCACCCCUGGCACCCACAUCAGAACCACCACUCUCAUCACAUUCUGGAUUUACUCGUGUAGACAAAACCCAAAAUUUUCCUUCUUGUGCAUUGAGUACAGGUCAUUUUCUGGGCUUUGAUAAGUCAGCACAAACACAGACAACUCCAUCUCUACGUUCUGUGCUAGAACGACCAAUACCACCACCACCACCCCUGGCACCCACAUCAGAACCACCACUCUCAUCACAUUCUGGAUUUGUACGUAAAGACAAAUCCCAAAAUUUUCCAUCUUGUGUAUUGAAUCUAAGUCCUGUUCUGGGCUGUGAUAAGUCGGAAUUUACUGAUGUAAACAAGAAGCGUUUCUCAUUGGAAGACUAUACUGCAGAUCAUCAGAGAGAUAUGCAGGAAAGCUAUUCCCAUUCUCCUAGUAACGCAAUUCCAAAUGAUGACGUUACGUAUUUACAGCAAAAUGUAAGACAGGGCAGUAAUCCUACAGUUUCAGUGCCACAUUCAACGUCGCUCCGUGGAUCUGAACGUGUUCGAAGGAUUACUUCAGACCAAGAGGAGAGGUUACAAGGAAACUACAUUAUUCGACCAGGAAAAUCGGCCCAUUAUCUCCAGGAUCGACUACAGGAAAACCAUUCCAAAUCUUCUCAUUCUGAGAAUUACAUGAAAGCAGACGGAAAAAAUAUAUUGUCAAAUCAUAAAUUUUCAAAUCAAGAAUAUGGUGAUGACCCUACAAACCAGCUUUCGGGAGAUGAGAAGAUAUGGUAUAUUGAGAAUUACCACCCCAUCGGUACUCGUAUGCACGCAAGAAGAAGUUAUUCACAGCCAGCAGUAUCUCACAAAUCGAACGAUAUUUCAGAUCGUAAUGAAAUUUACUACAACGAAUACUACGCACCAAAAUAUUCUGAAUAUCUAAACAAUGAGGCAGAGCAUGUUGUGAUGCCUAUAUACAAAGUUCCAACCACACAGUCGUCAGCAAACUCGUACCAAACCACGUAUCGAGAACAUUUUGGAGCCUCUGGUGUGCAGAAUAUUAGAAAUCGAACUAGAUCAGAUCGUCAGUUGGUUGAUUCUGGAAUUGAAGUCAACGGAAGCAGAGAGACAGACUACUCAGGAGAAAGACAUGGACACAUCAGAUCUCCACAGCCACAAUAUCAACAAUUACGAGAGAGAUAUGAGAGAUCUGACUACAGCUCGGACAGAGGAAGAGGACAGCGUAGACAAUAUGAUUUCGAAUCCAGAUCUUCAAGUAGAGAAGGAAGGUAUGACCAAAGACCCUCGAAUAACCGUAAUUUGGAAAAUGACCAACAGGUUUUACAAUUUCUUAACGAACGGGGAAGUGUCAGUAGUUUCGUGGAAACUAACCGUCGUAGUCCACAGGACGCCAGACGAUCUCGUUUUAGUAAAUACGAUCAAAGGCGCCGCUCAGCUCCUUCGGCGUCGUUUCCUUCUGAUUAUGAAGAGGAAGACCUGCAGGAUGACAACGAUGUUAUAGAGUAUUUACACCAAAAGAAAACUGUUAGUGGUCUGAUAGAAAACAGUCGACAGACAACGCCAAGGACUGUCACUCGGAGAUGUGAAAAUCGCCGCUCAAAUAUAGCCGACAACGAAAGAGACAGAGAAAGUGAUGAAGAAGUGUUGUAUAACCUCAGACAAAGAAGAAGUGUUAGCGGUAGAAGAGGAACGGAUGAUCGGGAUGUACGAGAAAGGGUUAUGCAAAAUGUUAAAGAGGAUUACGAAGAUGUGAUACCGCAAUCCCUGGAAACAAUGUCGGGCGUCAAUCAAGAAUUGAAAUACACUAAAAUGUUUGCGACGAAUUCUACUGUAUACCCACCAACUGCCGCAAAAAUAGGAGAGCGAAAGGACAUAAGAGUACCCAUUAUGUCAAAAAAUGUGUUUUCUCCACCAUCUGCGAGCAGAGAAAAUACGCAACAGAGGCAUACUGCAGAAAAUGACGACCCUACAACGCGUUAUCAAGAUUACUUGAGGAGAAGUAUGAUUCGUUGGCCCGUGAGAGACAUUGACAUCAGGCGGUCAAGAGAUGCCCUAAAAGGAAAUAGAUUGCAAGAGUUGUUGAACAAAGACAAUACAUCGUUUGAGCAACCUCGAGACCAAACACAUGCAGCUCGCACUCCAUCAAGAAAAGCAUACGCAAGAGGUCACCAUGGAAACAACAAUAAUAUAGGAUCAAGAGCGUAUCUAAAUGACACACGGGAAGAAACCUAUGACUAUUCCCAAAACCAUAUCAAUCGAAGAGAGGGGAUUCAGUAUAAUGAAGAACCUUAUUGUGAUAGAAAUGAAACGUUUACUGGGGAUGAAAAAAAUAGUUUUCUGGAGCAAGUAGAACAAAGAGGUAACAAUAACAGGAUGGCUUAUCAGAGCAGAAAUUCGCGAAUGAGAGAACGAUCACAAACUUCAUCUGAAAGAGCCAAAGAUCUUCCAUGGAACGCAUUGCAAAACAUAUCUCAAUUAGGAAACGAUAGUAGUUUAGACAACGGAAGACUCAAUCCGAAACACAGCACUCCAAAGGCGUCUCCCAUUGAUCCAGAGCUACACAGAAUUUGGGAAAAUCGAAAUAAUCAAGAGUCGGGGUCUCUGCUAGAACGUCUGCGCAACAGUCAGACGAUUCAGGAUAAGUUUUUCUCUAGAUCUGAUAAUUUAGAAAACACUGAAACGGGAGGUGACGUAGACUGCGACAAUUGGAAUACAGAUGCUGAGUCCAGAGUGGGUAGAAGACGUAGCAGGGAGAGAGCACUCCACAACCAACAAAUCGUCUAUAACAAUCAGGCCGAACACGUGUCGAGAUCCGGGAACAUCGGUAAUAGUAGCGCACAAACAUUGACUUCUCUUCACGGUGUACCUUCUGCGAGUUUCCACAACAGAGUAUCUUCAGCUUUUUUGGGACCCCAAAGCUUACUUGGAGAUAAGCAGGAGGCCCAGAGACAAUCAUUUAUCGGUUGUCACAAGUCGGGUGGAAACACUGUGUAUCCUACCGGUCGCAAAAGACAAUUCCCGAGAAAUUCGGAUGCAAUUAACUCUGAAGAAUCCAACCAAAGAAAUUUUCCACCUCGCGAAUAUUGAUUUUUGUAAAUCUUUGCUUGUCGUUCAAUGAUGUUAUAUUUAUGCCAAAUUCAAUAUAUGAUGCCAGGCGGAAAAUAGCUUUUUGGCAUUUGGAAGUUUCAUUAUUUGAAAAUAAAUAUUAUGUCAGCUUAAUUCACAUACAAAAAAU